ACUGCCGCGCGUGGAAGAGGUUUGUGCAGCGCGGGCCACCGACUGCUGGACGAGCCACAGUCUUCUGCUCCUUGUGUGGAUGCUUCACCGUAAGGACAGUUAACGGAAUACCUACUUGCUGGACGGGAAAGUCGCCGAAAGGAUGGGGGACAGAUCCAUAUGAGUUUGGGUAUGUGGGAGUUUGGCCCCUCCUCUCUGCUCCCAUUGGUGGUGGUGUUGCUGUUGGCCCCGCCCCCGCUGCGUUGCCAGGAUGCGGGCGAAGAGGGCGGUCCCCAGCUACGCUUCACGGCGGAACACUACGAGGCCAGCGUGUUCGAGAACUCACCUGCGCGCACCUACCUGGCGAGCGUCACGCGCAUGGGGGUGCAACUGCUGCGGCGCUCAUGGGAGCCUCGCUUUCGUGUUGCCGGGGGCGACGGCGAAGGCCUGUUCCGCGCGGAAGAGCGUUGCCUCGGCGACUUCUGCUUCCUGCGCCUGCGUCUGCGUGGUGGGGGGGCGGCCGUGCUGAACCGGGAGGUUGCCGCGGGUUACGAACUGCGCGUGCGCGCCAGCCUGCGUGGGCAGGACGGUCAGGAGGCCUGGACGCGCAUCACUGUGCACGUGCUCGACCGCAACGACCUCCGACCUCUCUUCUCCCCCACCACCUACUCCGCACGCAUCAGCGAGGACACGCCCCCCCGGGCCAGCGUCGCCCAGGUCACAGCCACGGAUGCGGACUCUGGUUCUAAUGGUGAGUUCUACUACUUCCUGCGGUUCCGUUCGGACCUGUUCGCGGUCCACCCCAGCAGUGGCGUGCUGCUGCUGACCGCGCCACUGCCGGCGUCGCCACGGGAACACCAGCUGGAGGUGGGGGCGGUGGACCGCGGCAUGAAGCUCUACGGCAACAAUGGGGUGAGCAGCACAGCACGCGUCAUGCUGCACCUCGAGACGCGCAACCAGCACAGCCCCCUCAUCACCACGGCAACGCUGCAGCCGCCACGCGCCGGCCCUGACCAGCUGGUCGCCGUGGUGACCGUGACGGACGAGGAUCGGGGCGUAAACGGACAGAUCGCAGACGUGACGCUGGUGGGCGGAGUCUCGGGCCCUCAGCUUCGUCUGGAGCGGCGGGGGGAGGGGCCUGCGGGAGGGGCGGAGUUUGUGCUGCUGACGGGGGAGGGCAUGGAUUGGGCGUCGCCAGGGGGCGUGUCUGUGAUGCUGCAGGCUCGUGACCGUGGCGACCCACCCCGCUACUCUGCUCCACACACACUGAGGCUCCUCCCACCUCCCCCUGACCCUACGCCACCCCGUUUCCCUGGCGACGGUUACCAUGUGCGCGUGAGCGAGCUGGCCCCGCCCGGGACGCUCCUGGUGGCAGUGGCUCUGACCCCUCCCCCGGCCGACGCCCGCUACACGCUGUCGGACACACACACUCACACGCACGCGCUCAGCGGCUUCUUCACCGUCGGGUCACACUCGGGGGUCGUCUCCACGGUUACCUGGCUCACCGCUCUCGGCCAGGCGACGCUCACGCUGGAGGUCGCCGAGGAGACAAGCGGCCUGAAGGUCAAAGUUCACCUGACGCUGCUGGAUGAGAAUGACCACGCGCCCGUGUUUAGCCGGCAGGCGUAUCACGCCGUGGUCAACGAGAGCGUUCCCGUGGGAACCACGGUGCUGUUGCUCACGGCGACGGAUGCCGACCGCGGGGAGAACGGCUACAUCACCUACAGUCUGGAGGCGGAGCCCGCCGCGGAGCCCCAUUGGCCGCCCUUCUCUGUCAAUCAGUUCUCGGGGGCGGUGCUGACCAGCGCCCGGCUGGACUUCGAGCGGCAGGCGGAGUUCUGGCUGACCGUGCGCGCGUCGGACUGGGGCUGGCCGGAGCGGCGGGAGAGCCGCGCGAGCGUGCACGUGAGCGUGCACAACCAGAACGACGAGCGUCCACUGUGGGGGGGGCGGGGUUGCCAGCUGCUGGUCCCGCCCCUCUGGCCCCAAGACACGCCCCUCUUCACUCUGGCAGCUCUCGACCCAGACCGCCUCACGCCACUCAAGUACAGCAUCCAAUCAGGAAACUCCGCCCGCCUCUUCAGCCUGCAACCCGACACCGGGCACCUCCUGCUGACCCGCCCCCUGCCAGCUGGCCACGCCUACAGCCUGCGCAUCACCGCUACCGACGGCGACCACGCUUCCGACCCCAUGAGUCUCAAUGUCACCACGGCAACCAGCGUCUCUGCCCCCAGCCUCAGCUGCCAGGACAUGCAGGUUGCCGAGCAACUGGCAGAGAAGCUGUCUCGCCCACGGGCAGGUGGGCGGGACUACCCACAGGGGGAGGGGCUCAUGGACCUGUUCUCAGCCAAUCGGCAUGCGCCACGCUUCUCGGAGGAUGUACCUGAGAAGGUGUGGGUUCCAGAGGACACGCCCACAGGAGCCAGCCUGCUGCAGCUACAGGUAACCGAUGAUGAUGCGGGUCUCAGUGGUCAGCUGUUGUAUUCCGUUGCCCAUGGCAACAGUGAUGGCUGUCUGACGGUGGGCAUGCGCAGUGGUGAGGUCACACUCUUCCAGCCACUGGACCGAGAGCGCACUGAACGUUACCAUGCCAACAUCAGUGUGUAUGACCAAGGGUCACCACGGCGAUCCACAUGGAAACUCAUCACCUUCAUCGUCACAGACGUCAACGACAACACCCCCCGCUUCCUGCAGCCUGACGGGUACCACACACACAUCCUGGAGAACACUCCAGUCGGCACAGAGGUGGUGCAGCUGGAAGCAGUGGAUGCGGAUGAGGGCUUGAACGCUGCAGUUCUCUACUCUCUCCUGACGGAGGCGCCCUUCGGGAUCAACGCCUCCUCUGGCCUCGUCUACGUUGCCGGGCAACUGGACCGCGAGACCACGCCCUCUUACACUCUGCGUGUGGAGGCGCGAGACUCCGCCCCUGAGCGCUCAGCGCAGCGUGUCGCCGUGACGACGCUGGAGGUGGAGCUUGGUGAUGUAAACGACGUUGCGCCGGUUCUGAUCCCGCCGCGUGUAUGUGUGCGCGUGCGUGAGGACACUCCCGUUGGAGCGCUGAUCGCCUGGCCGGACACACACGACCCCGACCUCGGCCCUGGCGGAACACUCACACACACACUCGCCAACGACUACAACGCCACCUUCACCAUCCACACACACACCGGGGCCAUACGCCUCAACAAGGAGCUGGACUACGAGAUGCAGCAGGUGUAUAACGUGACGGUGCGCGUGCAGGACGGGGGGGUGCCGGUGUCGCUGCUGACGGAGGGUUGGCUGGAGGUGGAGGUUCUUGAUGUGGACGAGAACCGCUUCGCUCCGGAGUUCCCCUCCUUCGCCACUAACGGCUCGGUUCCGGAGGGUUCUGCGGCGGGAACGUCGGUGCUGCGCGUGGUGGCGCGGGAUGAUGACACGGGUCGAGAUGGUCAGCUGCUCUACUCGCUGAGAGGGGGGAGUGGCCUCGGACGCUUUGACAUAGACGAGGACACAGGUCUAAUCUAUACUACAGAUGUACUUGACCGUGAAACGCAAGAUUCCUAUUGGCUGACAGUUUAUGCAACAGAUAUGGGUGUGGUCCCCCAGUCUGCUGUGCUCCACGUCUACAUCCAGGUCGAGGAUGUGAAUGAUAACGCUCCACUGACAUCAGACCCCAUGUAUCACGCGUCGGUGCUGGAGAAUUCGCCCAAAGACCUGUCAAUCAUCCAGAUCUACGCCCAAGACCCAGAUGCCACGCCCACUGCAGCGCAGCUCUCAUUCCGCAUCACCAGCGGCAACGCCAGGAACCUGUUCAGCAUCGACUCACACACAGGUCUUAUCACAACAACCUCAAAGAAGCUAGAUAGAGAACAACAAGAUGAACACGUGCUAGAGGUGACGGUGUCCGAUGGAGCACCCUCUCCCCAGCAGGCGGUGGUGUGUGUGUGUGUGUCGGUGUUGGAUGUGAACGAUAACGCUCCGGUGUUUCUGGAGAAGGUGUAUCACGUGCGUGUUCCCGAGCGCCGCCGUCGCCAGGCAACCAUCUACCGUGUCUUCGCUCAUGACCGUGACCACGGCAACAAUGCUGAACUCACCUACAGCAUCACCGAUGGCAACGGAGACGGGAAGUUCACCAUCGAUCCCAAAACUGGCGUGGUGUCGUCACGGAAACAUUUCUCAGCGGGCAAUUACGACAUCUUAACUAUCAAAGCCGUGGAUGGAGGCCGCCCUCAGAGGUGGGCGUCGGCUCGUUUGCACAUUGAGUGGGUGGGGCGUCCAGCGGCUGACUCUGCCCCCCCCGUGUUUGACGAGCGGCUGUAUAACUUCAGCGUCACGGAAACCGACCGAGUGGGAGAGAUAGUGGGUGUGGUCUCAGUCAAACACAGCUCCUCCCCUCUCUGGUUUGAAAUCAUUGGCUCUUCUUCUUCUCUACUCGAGGUCUUCAGUGUACUUCAGCUCUCCUGUGGCAGGAACUGUACUUCACAAGAGGGAGAUGAGAAGCGUGUGUUUGAGAGUGAUCGUGCUGCAGGAACUAUCAUCAUCACACGGCCGCUGGACGCAGAGCAGAGAACCUUCUACAACCUGACAGUGGAGGCUACCGAUGGAACACACAGCACACACACACAGGUCCACAUCACAGUCCUCGACAGUAACGACAAUCCUCCAGUGUUCUCACAGUCUGUCUAUGAUGUCAUGGUUACGGAGGACACGCCCCCAGAGACGGAGUUGCUACGGGUGACGGCGACGGAUCGUGAUGUGCACCACUCGCUGACCUUUGGGCUGCAGGGGAGCGUUGACCCCUCCAGCGUCCGCCUGUUCCGCAUCGACCCCGUCACCGGAACCAUACACACCACACACACACUCGACCACGAGAGCAACACGCAGCACAUCCUCACAGUCAUGGUGAAGGAGGAGGAGUUUCCAUACAGGAAGGCCCUGACUCGCGUUCUCAUUGGAGUAGAGGACAUUAAUGACCACGCCCCCCUGUUCACCAUGGCGAUGUAUGACGGACAGGUGUUUGAGUCUGCUGCCGUGGGAACAGCCGUGCUCACUGUCACCGCCCUCGACAAGGACAAAGGAGCCAACGCCCAGAUCCUGUACAGCAUAGAGUCAGGCAACACCGGAGGUGCGUUUGACGUGGACCCUGUGCAGGGAGUGGUCAGCGUGGCUCGUCAGCUGGACUUGUCUGCUAUUGGGCACUAUGUGCUGUCAGUCAGAGCCAUAGAUGGUGGGACUCCGCCUCUCUCCUCCAUGGCAACCAUCCAUGUUGCUGUGGUGAUGUCAGACAACACCCCGCCCCGAUUCCCCCUUAGUCAAUACCACGCUCAGGUCAGUGAGAACGUCGCCAUAGGAACCUCCGUCACCACGGUGACGGCCCUCAGCCGGUCCACGCUCACCUACCACCUUCGCCAUGACAGCGGAGACGGCACUUUCAGCAUCAACCAGUACAGCGGCGUCAUAGUAACGCGGAAGCCGAUCGACUACGAGGCCAACCAGAGCUUCACCCUGGCGGUUGCCGUGGGAGACAUGGCUGGACGCGAGGCGUCCGUCAAGGUGACGGUCACCGUGCUGGACUGCAACGACAACUCCCCGGAGUUUCCUGAGUCUGGUUACCAUGGCAGCGUGCGUGAGGGUGCCCCGGUGGGCAGUGUAGUGACCGAUGCUCUGAGUGGCGCCGCUCUGCAGCUGAGAGCGCAUGACGCAGACAGCGAGCAGAACGGUCAGCUGGCCUAUCACAUUGCAGGACGAGCACGCACGGCAUACUUCACCGUCGACACGGCAACCGGGGCGCUACGCACCAGCGCACCGCUAGACUACGAGACCACGCCCACAUUCCACUUCCAGGUGAGUGUCCGUGACCGCGGUCGUCCGUGGAGAUGGGGUGGCGUUGCCGUGGUUACGGUGGACAUUCUGGAUGAGAAUGACAACCCUCCUCGCUUCACCCAGCCCACACACUCCCGCCUGCUACUCCUUCCAACCUAUCAGGGUGUAGAACUGCUCACUGUCUCCGCCCACGACCCCGACACCAACCAAUCCCAGCUGCGCUUCAGCCUGACGGACAGCUCUGGGGCCGGGUCUCGCUGGGCUCUGGACGCCUCGUCCGGCGUGCUGACCGUGCGGAACGCCAGCGGCUGGGAGGCGGGGCUUGAGCGGUGGGGCGUGCGCGUGACUGACGGACGCUUCACCAGCUCCGCCCUAGUGACCGUUACCGUGCGCAUGGCGCAGGAGGCGGAGCUUCGCUUCUCGGAGGCGGAGUUUCGCGCCAGCAUCCCUGAGAACCGGGCGGGCCGACAGCUGGUUACCGUGGUGACGGCGGUGGGCGGGAAGCUGAACGAGCCUCUGCGCUUCUCCCUACUCAACGGGGGCGGAGUCUUCCAGAUUGGCCACACCUCCGGCGCCAUAGAGACGAUGGGCGUGGCUCUAGACAGAGAGCAGAGGGAGGAGCAUGGCUUGGUGGUGCAGGUCGGUCGUCCUGGAGACCCUCUCCGCGUUGCCAGGGCGACCGUACAUGUUCGAGUCACUGAUGAGAACGACAACGUGCCGCUGUUUGUUGGGUUGCCGUACUACGCAGCGGUGCAGGUCGAUGCUGUGCCUGGGACGGUGGUCUGUGUGGUCAGGGCGGUGGAUCUGGACGCUGGCCCAAAUGGUCAGGUCAGCUACUUCCUGACAGAUGACUCAAGGCCCGCCCACUUCCUGAUGGAUGCAGAAAACGGCCAAUUAAAACUCAGCAGGGCUUUUGAACCAGACUUGUCAAAUGCUGAGUAUCAGGUGGUGGUGUUGGCACGUGAUCAGGGGCAGCCGGCUCUCUCCUCGUCUGUGACGUUUACUGUGACCGUGGUCAACCGUGCCAUGCCCGUCUUUGAUAAAGCAUUCUACUCUGUACGGGUAAAUGAGGACGUCCCUGUGCUCACCCCAAUCCUAGGCAUCAACGCCAGCUGCCCUGAGGGCCAGGCUGUUCUGUACACACUCUCACACACACACACACACACACACUCCGCUCACACCACCUCACUCCCUCAGGCUGCGCUGGAGGCUCCGCCCAGUUUCUGGGUGGGGUUUGAUACCGGCGUCAUCAGCGUCGCCGCCCCCCUCGAUCACGAAACCACCCCCUCCCAUCGCCUGGUUGUCCGGGCAACCGCUGCAGUGACGGGAGCACGCUCAGAGGUGGAGGUGGAAGUCGUCGUGGGAGACGUCAAUGACAACCCGCCCACUUUCACAAGCCCCACCCACCACGCUGUCAUCUCAGAGAACGCCAUGAUUGGAACUCCAGUCAUACAGGUGCAGGCGGUGGAUCUGGACUCUGAUAAGAACGGUGCGGUGCGUUACCAGCUGCUGCCAGGCGGGGGCGCUGUGGGCGAGGACUGGUUCCACCUGGACAGCGUGAGUGGGCUGCUGCUGACCGCGCGGCGCCUGGACCGCGAGCUGACCCCCCGCGUGACGCUGCUGCUCCGCGCCUGCGACCAGGGCUUCCCCCCGCGCGACAGCACGGCCACCGUCACUGUGGAGAUCGCCGACGUCAACGACAACGCGCCACAGUUCGGCCAGCUGCUCUACGAGGCGCGCGUCAGCGAGGGGGCGUCGCCGGGGCAACCUGUGACACGCGUGUGGGCCUGGGACGCAGACGAACAGGCCACGCCCCUCCACUACUCGCUGCUGUCGGGCGACGAGCGUGGCCUGUUUAAGCUCCACCCCCUGAGCGGCGUGCUGACGCUAGGGGAGGCGUGGCCUGGGCCCCGUCGCCACGACGACGUGCUGGUGCUGGAGGUAGGCGUGUCUGACGGCGUACUGGGGGGCGGAGCUCAGGUGCAUGUGGGCGUCGACAUGCUCAAUAGACACGCCCCUGUCUGCGCUCAGAGCUCGUACGAGGCCCAGGUCAGCGAGGGCGCGCCGGCGGGGUCAAAGGUCACGGGCGUGCGGGCGCUGGAUGCUGACCCCGGCCAGCUGGGUCAGGUGCGCUACUGGUUGCUAACGGAGACGGCGCAGCACUGGGUCAGUGUGGACGCGGUGUCCGGCCUGGUUACCACGGCGAUGCGCUUGGACCGGGAGCAGCUCGGAGACGUGCUUUCCUUCACGGUCGGCGCAGAGGAUGGAGGCGGUCGCCGUGACUACUGCAGCGUGCGUCUGACAAUCCUGGACGAGAACGACAACGCGCCGCAGUUCCGAGCCAACGAGUAUCGCGUCAGUGUGAGAGCACACACUCCUGCAGCCUCUCUGCUCACUCAGGUUCAGGCGUGGGACGCUGACCAAGGCUCCAACGCACAGCUGGCCUACAGCCUGUACAGCGAGGCUAGCCAGCCAAUCACAGCUCUGCUGGAUGUGGACGUGGACAGCGGUUGGCUGGUGACGCGCGCGGGGGCGGGGCUAGAGGCGUUCGAGGGGAGUGUCCUGUCCUUCUUCGUGAAGGCGGCGGACGGUGGGGUUCCGUCCAGACACGCGCUGGUGCCCGUCUACGUGCACGUGCUGCCAGGCCACGCCCCCUCAAUCGGCUUCAGCCAACCACAGCUCUCCUUCUCCACCGCAGAGGACACGCCCAUCGGCGCCACGGUGGGUGUGGUGAAACCACAGGCCACGCCUUCUGGCAUGGUGCUGAGCGUUGUGAUUGGCCAGACGGAGGACAGUAACCGUGACGGCGUGUUUGUGAUUGACAGCCCGUCGGGGGCGCUUAAGCUUGACCAGCCGCUGGACCGCGAGGAAGUCUCUGCCUACCGCCUCCGCGUCUGCGCCUCCCUGCCACAGCUGCCCGUCGCCGUGGUGACGUGCGUGGAGGUGGAGGUCAGGGUUCUGGACGUGAAUGACCACGCGCCCGCCUUCCAGUCGGCAGCCUAUGAGACCAGCAUCCCCGAGGACACGCCCCCUGGGACCCCGGUCAUGCAGGUGCACGCGGAGGACCCUGAUUGGGCGGCCAACGGUCAGGUGAUCUACAGCCUGACUCCGCCCAGCCAGGCGGCAGUGGGAGGGGCGUUGUUUGUGAUUGACAGGAGCUCUGGUUGGAUUAGCACGCUGGGUGGGCUGGACCAUGAGUUAAGCCCCGCUCACUCACUGACGGUGUGGGCGUGGGACCUAGGCGACCCUGUCAGCCUGUCGUCGACGGCAACAGUCACCGUGGUAGUGAGCGACUGUAACGACAACCCGCCAGUGUUCCUGCAGACUCGUUACCAUGGCAGCGUGCGGGAGAGCGACCCCCCAGGGGAAGUCGUCACGGUGAUAAACACACGGGACGAGGACAGUUCCCCUAGCAACCGCCAGGUCACCUACCACAUCACUGGGGGAGACCGUGCGGGUGUGUUUGGUCUGGGGCUGGUGCAGGGUGAGUGGACGCUCUACGUGCGGAACUCUCUGGACAGGGAACAGCAGGACCAUUACAUCAUCAACGUCACGGCAACCGACGGACUCCACGCCUCCAUCGUGAGUGUGGAUGUCACGGUUACGGAUGCCAACGACAACAGCCCUGUGUGUGAGCAGGCGCUGUACAGCCUGUCGGUGUUAGAGGACGUGAAGGUGGGGUCGGUGUUGCUGCGUGUCAGAGCGACGGACGCUGACCUGGACUCCUACGCUCAGAUCCGAUACACACUCACAGGAGAUGGAGCACACAACUUCAGCCUGCACCCACACACAGGUGAGCUAAAGACUGCGGUGGAGUUGGACCGUGAGACCACGUCCCAGUACACGUUGGUUGCUGUGGCGACUGAUGGGGGUGGGCUCUCCUGCAGUGCUCAGGUGUCAAUCACACUACUGGAUGUCAAUGACAACGCCCCUCAGUUGGGCCAAUCAGAGCUCGCCGCCAGCGUCUACGAGAACACGCCCACCAAAGCCCUCAUCACACGCAUCCAGGCCAUGGACCCAGACCUGGGUGCGGGUGGUCGUGUCCUGUUCUCCCUGCUGGACUCUGAGGGUGUGUUUGCGCUGGACGCUGAGUCGGGUGUGUUGUCCCUGGAGCGGCCGCUGGACCGGGAGCAGCGGUCUGCGUGGCGAGUGUGUGUGUUGGCGAGUGACCAGGGAGUUCCACCGCUGUCCGCUCGCGCCAACCUGACCGUCAGCGUGCUGGACGUCAACGACAACCCGCCCGUCUUCGAGCGCCGCGACUACCUGACCGCGCUGCCCGAGGACGUUGCCGUGGGAACGGAGGUGGUGCGCGUGUACGCGGCCAGCAAAGACAUCGGAACCAACGCAGACAUCUACUACAGCAUUCGCCAUGGCAACCAGCUCGGACACUUCAGCAUACACAUCAACACAGGGGCUAUCUCGGUGUGGCGGCCGCUGGACUUUGAGACGUGUUCUGGUUACUUCCUGACUGUGGAGGCGAGAGAUGGCGGGACUCCUCCCCUUAGUGCUGUUACCAUGGUGAACAUCAACGUGUCGGACGUGAACGACAACGCGCCCGUCUUCAGCAGAGACGCCUACAGCGCCACCAUCAGUGAGGAUGCUGCCAUUGGAGACAGCGUCGUCAAGGUGACGGCGGAGGACAUGGACAGUCCACUGAAUGGGGCGGUGCUGUACUCUAUCGCCGGGGGCGACCGUGAAAAGCAGUUCUUCAUCGAGCCAAUAACAGGCUUGAUCCGCGUCAACAAACCACUGGACCGCGAGACGGUGAUGACGUACUCAAUGAGUGUGUGUGCUAGAGAUUCCGGCUCGCCUCCUCUCUCCUCGACUGCCCUGGUGAACAUCGAGAUAUCCGACAUCAACGACAACCCGCCCACCUUCAGCACAGCCAAUCACACUGCAGUUAUCCAGGAGAACACACCCUCCAGAACCAGCAUCCUGCAGCUGUCUGUCACAGAUAAAGACUCCGCCCACAACGGACCACCCUUCCUGUUUCGCAUCCUAUCAGGUAACGAAGGGGCGGAGUUUCAUCUGGAUAAGGAGGGACUUCUGACAUCCAAUCAAGUCUUCAGGAGAGAGAUAGCCACUGAAUACAUCUUACAAGUUCAGGCGUGGGAUUCUGGCCGACCCUCCCUGUCGUCCGUGGCAACGGUGGUGGUGCGUGUGAUUGAAGAAAGUGUUCACCCCCCUUCUGCAUUGCCUCUGCAGGUUCAUAUCGUUGCCAUGGAGGACGAGUUCCCGGGCGGCGUGAUUGGUCAGAUCCACGCCUCUGACAUGGAUGCCUUUGAUGUACUCACCUUUGGCCACACCCACCAGCAAAACAGCCUCUUUAAGGUCAGUCCUCAGGAUGGCCGAGUGAUCGCUCUGAGUGGGCUGGACGGGGGCGUGUACUCUCUGAACGUGACGGUGAGUGACGGGCGCUUCUCGGUGAGCGUGCCCGUGAGCGUGCACGUGGAGGGGGCGUCGGCCGACAUGCUGGUGCACGGAGUGACGCUGCGCUUCGACCGCGUGGCCCCGCCCACUUUCCUGCAGCGCCUCCCGGAGCUGCGGAGACGCAUCGCUGCUGCCAUGGCGACCGCGCGGCCCGAGCUCCUGCACGUGCUCAGUGUGCAGCCGGUGGAGACGGGCCAGCUGGACCUGCUGGUCGCCGUGGAGACGCCCGAGGGAGGGUUCUACAAGGCAGCGUACGUCUCACAGAAGCUAGCAGGAGCACGCAGAAGCCUUGACCAGGUCCUGCGUGUGUCGGCGGUGCUGGAUAAGAACUGCUCUGCGCUGGAUUGUCGUGAGUCGGCGUGUGAGCAGCGUUUGGAGCUGGACUCCCACAACAUGCAGACACACUCCACACACACACUCAGUUACGUCACCCCGCGCUUCAUACGACACACACGCUGCAUCUGCACCGAUGGUAGCUGUGGUGAUGACGAGGGUGUGUGUGCGGGUGUGUGUCCAGUGGACAUGCGUUGUGUCGGAACCUUCGGCUCCAGUGGACCAUACACCUGCCAGUGUCCCCCUGGCAAACUAGGAGAGUGCGCAGGUCAUUCCUCUCUCAGUUUCCUAGGUAACAGCUUUAUCAAGUACAGCGUGUCAGAAGGUCUGAGGGGCCGAGGAGUCAUGAGGGUCAGUCUGCGAAUCAGAACCCUCCAGAGCCGGGGAGUCAUCAUGUACACAAACACACACGCCUGCACACAGCUGAAGCUGGAUCAGGGUGAGCUGUGGUUUCAGGUGGAUUGUGGGAGUGGUCUGCCACACCUCGGCAUCUCGGGGCGUCCAAUCAAUGAUGGGCGUUGGCAUCAUGUGACAGUGGAGCUUGGCGCGAACCACAGCAGCCUGUCAUUGGACGACACCUACGUGGAACAGAGGCGUGGCCCCCUCAGGCCACUCCCAUCCACUCCUGAUUGGUCGCUGGUGUUUGGGGCGGGUCCAGACGAGGGCGUGGCCCAAGGCCUGCAGGAGCGUCGUGAUAGGCUGCGCAGGCCGGCAGGGGCGGGGCCAGCGGUGGUGUCGGGGUUCCAGGGCUGCCUGGACGCGCUGCAGCUGAACGGACGAGAGCUCCCCCUGCAGGACAAGCGCAGCACUGACGCCCGCGUGCUCAGCCACGCCAGCCUCGCCCUGGGGUGCACUCUGCGCCCCGACGCCUGCCAAGCACAGCCCUGCAGGAACGGAGCCAGCUGCAGCAGCCAGCCCAGCGGAGGGUUCUGGUGUACUUGCGCAGCGUUCUUCACAGGCCCCCGCUGUGAGGUGGAGAUGAGUGUGUGUGUUCCCAACCCCUGUAAGAACGGGGGCCAGUGCAAGGCCAUCGGCAACGCCUUCCUCUGUAGCUGCAGGAGAGGAUACACUGGGCUCACGUGUGAGGAGGAUGUGAACGAGUGUGAGGGGGAGGAGUGUGAGAACGGUGGCGUGUGUGUUAACACGUUCGGCUCCUUCUUCUGUAACUGCACGCCGGGCUUCGUGGGUCGCCUGUGCAGACUGCGUCCCGUGCUGGUGCCUGACAUGCAGGCUGGCCACGCCUACCUGGGGCGGGAGGAGCUGAUCGGCAUGGCGACGGUGCUGUUCCUCAUCGUGCUGCUGGUGCUGCUGUUCGUGGCGCUGCGCAAGCGUCUGUUCCGGAAGAGUCCGUCUCGUCUGGCGCUGGACCCUGCGGCCGCCGCCCUGCUGCACAAGACCAACGGAGCCUUCGCGCCGCCCACACACACGCUCACACACACACACACGCACGCGCCCACACACACGCUCACACACACACACACACUCACACACUCUGCGGGACUCUUUACCGAGGGGGCGGGGCCUCCACAGGUGCCUGUCAGGCCCAUGGCAUACACGCCCUGUUUCCAAGGCAACGAUGGAACGCGAGGAGUGAGCGGCGCCCUGGAGAAGGGGGCGGAGCUUACAGAGAUGACUACGUUCCACCCCUCAGAGGCGUCUCCACGGAUACUGGGCGGAGUAUCAGCGCGAAGGGGCGUGGUCGUGUGCAGCGUCGCUCCCAACCUCCCACCCACCUCCCCCUGCCCCUCCGACUGCGACUCUCUCAAGAGCCCCUGGGACGGCCACGAGGUUAAAGGAGGAGACGGGGGGUGUUUUGGAGGCAGUAACAAGGGCAGCAACUCAGAGGUUCAAUCCCUUAGUUCCUUCCAGUCUGAUUCCUGUGACGACAACGCCUCCAUAGUGACAGUCAUUCGACUGGUUAAUGAUGCUGUCGACACUAUCGAAAAUGAAGUGUCUGUUAUGGACCAGAAUCAGACAUACAACAGAGUCUAUCACUGGGACACGUCUGAUUGGAUGCCAAGCUCACGCCUGCCGGAUAUUGAAGAAGUUUCAGCCUAUGAGAGUGCAGACACCUCAGUCACCAUGACGAUGGGUGUGGGGGCAGACUUAGAGACGGACUACUACCUGGGUGGGGCUUAUGACAUAGACAGUGAGACUCCACCUCCACAGGGGGAGGAGUUACACCUCUCUCCACCAAUCACCUCUGACCAUUAUGACAGCUCGCCUGCCAGUCAGCCGGUUUCCACGGACACCACUCUGAGCAGAGGGCAGAAGGCCCGCCCACAGUUCCAUCCCAGCCAAUACCUGCCUCCACACCAGCCGCCACUCACAGACGGGCCCAGCACGGGGGAGGAGCUUUGCACAUUUGUGGGCGGAGUUUUGGGAAGGCAGGACCUUGAGGAUCAGAUGUCAGUCAGGCUGUCAAUCAACGCCUCCUCAGCUUCCGAUGUCUCCGCCCCCUGUGUCUAUGGUGACUCGGAGACAGACAGUCUAGAAGAGUCACAACAACAGACUGAAGUGUGAUAGACACACACAAACACACACACACACACACACACACAAACACUCAAACAUGCACAAACACACACAUAAUCAAGCGCACACAAACACACACACAAACAUUCAAACAUACACACACACACAGACACACUAAUGAACUGCGGCCCCCCAAAUUCCUCUCUUAAUAAAUGGCAAAAAUUAA